AUGGGACGUACAUCAAAACAAAAAGAUCCUAAUGCACCAAAACGUCCAUUAUCGGCAUUUUUUAUAUUUUCACAAGAUGAAAGACCAAAAAUCAAAGUAGUAAAUGCAUCAUUAUCAGUAGCUGAUGUUGCUAAAGUUAUUGGAGAAAAAUGGCGUUCAGCACCGGAUGAUUUAAAACGUCGAUAUGAAAAAGCAGCUAAGGAAGCUAAAGAACGUUAUGAACUUGAAAUGCAGGCAUACAAACAAACAGCUGCAUAUACACAAUCGAUACAACAACAUCAAACAAAAGCUCGAACUUAA